UAAACUGGUAUAGAUGUCUUCAGGGGUCUAAAAUGUGUUCUCAUUCAACCACAUUUUACAACAUCUGAACGGUCCCUUUAAGCUCAAACUCAUCAGCUGCCUGACAAAGUUCCACAUCUUACAUUACGUCAUCUGAGACAAACCAGGUAAACCAGUUAGUUCCUGUUGGGUUGUCAGUGAGAAGAGACGCACCGACAGACAGACGAGACAAAAUGGCUUCCAUGUCAGAAGAGGAUUUCUACUGUCCGGUCUGUUCGGUCUGUCAUGAAGUCUUUAGAGAUCCUGUUGUUCUGUCAUGUAGCCACAGCUUCUGUAAAGACUGUCUGAAGAGCUGGUGGACAGAGAAACCAACACGUGACUGUCCAGUUUGUAAGAGAAGAUCUUCAAAGUCACAUCCACCUCGUAACCUGGAGUUAAAGAAGCUGUGUGAGAGUUUCUUACAGCAGAGAGAUCAGAGAGCUUCAGAGGCUCUCUGCAGUCUGCACUCUGAGAAACUCAAACUCUUCUGUCUGGACCAUCAGCAGCCAGUGUGUGUCGUCUGCAGAGAUUCAGAAAAACACACCAACCACAUAAUCAGACCCAUCGAUGAAGCUGCACGACAACACAAGAAGGAACUCCAGGAAACUCUGGAGCCCUUAAAGGAGAAGUUAGAGGUUUUUGAACAAGUUAAAGAGGAGUUUGAUGAAACAGCAGAACACAUGAAGGUCCAGGCCCGACGCACAGAGAUGCAGAUUAAGGAUCAGUUUACGAAGCUUCACCUGUUUCUAGAAGAGGAAGAGGAGGCCAGGUUGGCUGCACUGUGGGAGGAAGAGGAGCAGAAGAGUCAGAGGAUGAAGGCGAACAUGGAGGCUCUGAACAGAGAGAUAGCAGCUCUUUCAGACACAGUCAGAGCCACAGAGGAGCAGCUGAGAGCUGAAGACGUCUCAUUCCUGAUCAACUACAAGGCUGCAGUGGAAAGAGUCCAGCAGCGCCCCCUGCUGGAUGAUCCACAGCUGCUCUCAGGAGCUCUGAUAGACGAGGCCAAACACCUGGGCAACCUGAGAUUCAACAUCUGGAACAAGAUGAAGGACAUGGUCUCCUACUCUCCUCUGAUUCUGGACCCAAACACUGCUCAACCCUUACUCAUCCUGUCUGAAGAUCUGACCAGUGUGAGACGAGGAGAAGAGUAUCAGCAGCUUCCUGAUAAUCCAGAGAGGUUUGAAUAUCACUUCUCUGUCCUGGGCUCUGAGGGCUUUAAGUGGGGGACUCACAGCUGGGAUGUCGAGGUUGGAGACAGUACACACUGGAUACUGGGUGUGUUAGCAGAGUCUGUCCAGAGGAAGGGACGAAUAUGGUCUGGAUUAUGGAGAAUAUAUUUCUCUGAAGGUAAAUACUCAGCGUGGCCUCCACCAGCUCUAGACACUGUUCUCCCGUUUAAGAAGCAGCUCCAGAGGAUCAGAGUGACUCUGGACUGGAACAGAGGAAAGCUGUCGUUCUCUGAUCCUGAUACUAACACACACAUACACACCUUCACACACACUUUCACUGAGAGGCUGUUUCCAUACUUUUGGCCUGGAGAUGAAUUCCCACUGAAGAUAUCACCACUGAAGGUCUGUGUGACAAAACAUAUCUGAUAGUCUUUAGUUUGAAGGGGGUGAUAAUAAUAGUCAACAAUUAUUCACUUCUUAAGAGUGAAGUAAAACUGAUUACAGCAUAACAGGAGUCAGCUGAAUAAAACACAACUAAAAGGUUUUAAGAAGCUAAAACAUAAACAAGUGUACAGCCCGCAUGUAAACAUGAACGCUACUAUCUUUAUAAUCUAUCUUUUUAAUAAAUUGUCUGUACACUUACAAAGUUCUCAAUGCUUCGGUUUACAUGUAGGGACCCUCAUUAUGCUACCGUGGAAGUGUGGUGAUAUUUUGAGCCUUGGUAGUGGUGUAGAAAUAGCGAUUUACCCUCUGCCCCGAAGGCUAGAUUUAUAAGCAAAUUACCAGUUUACGCUAGCUUGUUUCAAGCUAUAGACACGUUUGAUUAGCAUGAAAACAUGUCCCAGAGGAUGGUCGAUUCGGUACACAUAUGUUAUUAACCCCUAGAUUCAUUUUGCACCGAAAAUGUCCUUUAAAGAGAGAGAAAUAACUUAAUUUUGUGUGAGGUUAACGUGUCUUUAAUUAUUGUUGGCUAUUAUUUCUAACUAUUAUUUCAUAAACAGCUGAAACACUUAUUUUAUUGUCACACAACGUCAUUGAUAGUUUUGGUCAUUUUUAAAGUAAUAAUGCUGUGAUGAUUGUGAUGAUUUCCUGCUUUUCUCUGUUUUAUAUUAUUAUAAACUGAAUAUUUUGGGGGUUUUGGACUGUUGGUCGAACAAGACCGUUAAAGACGUCAUCUUGGGCUCUGUGACAUGUGAUGGACAAUUUUCUUGACAUUUUCUACAUUAAACAGUUGAUUGAUUUUCUCUCUUGCUAAGCUAAUGUGCAUUUUAGGAUUUCGUUCUUUUUCUGUUUAAAAGUGUCCAACCGAGUAGAAACAAAGACAUGAAUAAAUAAUGUGUGAGUGGUGUAAUGUGUUCAGAAAAUCUUCCAAUGUAUCCUGUAAAAGUCUCAAAGCUAAACUAGUCACAUCCUGCAUCUCAAU